UCUGUUGGGGUGGAGCAGCUCUGCCAACACAACCAGCCCGUGUAAAAACAAAAAUGGAGCUCGGAGUCAGACAGCGGUAGAAAUAUGAACUGUCACACAUCACUCACCUCUUUCCUCGCCUGCUUGCCGCACUAGCUGACUCAGUCACCGGAGGUACCGCCGAGGCAGACUUCGCCUUUAUGGCGGGUCUGACUUAUUUAGUGCUCCGGUUUUCGGGCUCUGCAGGUCGGUCUUACGGAGUGUUUUCCAAAGGCUUGACGAGGACUUUGUUGAUAUUUUUUGAUCUCGCAUGGCGACUGCGAAUCAGAUUCCCCUAUAUCUACCUCGUCGCCUCGAUGAUGUUUAAUGUCAGAUUACAGGUACACAUUGAAAUCCACUGAUCAAUCAUCAAUGCCUGCAUUUGGACUCAAAACAAUAAACUGUGAGCACUGCCAUGUUUCAGUCCUGUAAAGAAAACUGGCUAAUGCUGCACAGCAAUGUGUGGAGAGAAAAUUGAAUUCUGCAGACUGGUAUAACAAUGCAACAAUGUGACACCACACGGUUGUUGCGGUCAGCCCAUGUCACAUGAGCCCAGUGCCUUUGCAGGGGAAGGAAGGCAGCGAUGUCUGCAAAAACGAGCCGAGCUGAGCGGUGGUAUGUGAGGGUGGAGGGAAAAGAUGCUACACGGUCACCUUUUUAAGCCACCACCUGAGAUUCAGGCGCCGCUCAUCCUGUCUGUGAAUGCUGUGUCGGACGGAACGUGGAUUUUGACACUGCCGUUUCUCUGGAUGAAAAGGACUGCGGCAUGGGUUUGAACGUGAAAACAGAUGAUUGUUGCUGUGGAACUUUGUAGCUUCUCUUUAUCGUCUGACAUGUAUGUUUAAUAGGCGUCAGUGUAAACAUCUCACAGAAUAAACUGGAACCAUUUCACUUUAAUUUAAAAAGUUAAUAUCUACACCGCAUGACACGAACAAGCAUGUUUUUUGCCGUCUGUGGUUCGGACGCUUUAUUUAAGGUUGGGUGUUAGCUGUGUAAGCGGUACAUGGUCUUUCAACAGAGGUUUGCUGUAGGAUAACACGAAAGCUGCCAUAACUGUUCUGCUGGGAAUUUACAGUCUGUCAGUAAGUGCAGUCUCAAAGGGAAUCACUGCAUGUCCUCUCUGUGUCUGUACACACAGGUUGUCAUACUCACUGUUGUGUUUCUGCGUAUCAGUGGCACUGGAAAGGUGACAUGAGUGAAAAAUGUUACCUUCAAAACUAUUUUUGUAGCUGCAUUUGUCCCAAGUGUUUAUUUCUGUGAUAAAUGUGCAUACGGGGUUUUGAAGUCAGAGAAUUGAGGAUAAGGAUGAUUGAAUAAAUGAAUGAAAUCACUAUUCUCA